GGCAGGCGGUCAGAUCUCCGUCUCUCAGCCUCACUGCGUCCAUGUGAUCCGCACAGCCCGGCUCCGACUCCGCGCUGAGGGUCUCCGCUUACAACCGAAUGAAGAAACGAAUCUUACUUUACUUCACAUACAGAGGACAAGUGAGAAAAGGGAAGAAGAGCAAAAGGAGAAAAUGGCCAGUUUUAUAUUACGGAACGCAGAAGCCAAGGAUGUGUCCGAUAUUCUCCGUCUCAUAAAGGAACUCGCGAAGUUUGAGAAAAUGGAGGAGCAGGUCGUUCUGACCGAGAAAGAGCUGCUGGAGGACGGGUUCGGAGAUCAUCCGUUCUACCACUGCAUCAUCGCCGAAGUGCCCAAGGACAAGCAAAGUUCACAGGGUCACACGGUGGUCGGCUUCGCCAUGUACUACUUCACCUACGACCCCUGGAUCGGGAAGUUGCUCUACCUGGAGGACUUUUACGUCAUGGGGGAGUUCAGAGGUUACGGCAUCGGCUCCGAAAUCCUGAAGCAGCUCAGUGACGUGGCGGUGAAGUCUCGCUGCAGCAGUUUGCAGUUCAUUGUCGCGGAGUGGAACAAGUCGUCCAUCGAGUUUUAUAAGCGGCGCGGUGCCAGUGACCUCUCUCUGGAGGAGGGCUGGAGGCUGUUCGCCAUCAGCAAGGAGAAUCUGAUCAAAAUGGUCAAGUAGACGAGAUGGAAAAUAUGAAGACAACGCUGCGUGUUUAAUUUUAGUUACUUGGUGUUAUAACGCUGAAGUCAAAGUUAAUCUGCUUUAAUAAACAUUGCACACAAUGUUUUUAGAAAAAAAUAAAUAGAUGGAAUAAAUAAAAUUUUUACACACACUUAUAAA